AUGACGUUGACAGAAGACCAGCCGAGACACGCCAAACAAUUGAAAAGAGCGAUGAUUUUGACCCGAGGCCAGAUCUCAAACCGCCAGCGGGAGCGGCCGACGGCCAUCAUGGGCGCGGGCUUGGGCAAGGAUGUCGCCUUCCACGUCGUAGGCGACGUAGACGCCUCCGGGAGCAACACGCCUUGGGACGAGCUUGAGUUUCUGGCCCAAGCGGGCUACGGGACGACAUUUCUAAACACGGACCAAGAUUAUAUUGUUUGGAUUCAAAACGUUCUAGCACUCGGAGGGGAAAUGGAAUACUUGUAUCAUUUCAAUGCUACCUUCACUUAUCUGCCCUUGAACAAGCAUUUUCCGUUAGUUCCUUCGACCAAGCGCAGCGCCGAAACGAUACCUGGAAGCCGACCAGAUCGACGAAAGACAUCAGUCGCAGCAUAA